GCAUAUAGCGUCUAUAUAAUAUCAUAAAAACAAGAAAUUUAUCAGAUAAUGCUAUUUUACAUUAGUUCCGUACACAAAAAAUAAAUAUCCAACUUAUAAUUAUGAGUUUGACGGCUUUUCUUCAUUUCAUUCUGUCAAAACAUAACAAUAUAUACAUGAACGGCACCUGCAAGGCUCCAUGGCACAGUUUUAAAUCGCUCGGAACAUUUCGGCCAUGGCCGAGUUAUUUCGAUUGUGCAACGAGGUCUAUCUCGAAGCUUUGUCGGAGGAGGCCGAGUUAUUACGAUUGUAUUGAGUUGUUCCCCUUCGCAUAAUUGUUUUCUGUGUCAGUCAACUUUCGUUUUAUUGGAAAGAUUAAGCUGAGUAAAGCUCAAGUAGCAUUCAGGGUGCUUACCUAUGAUGUAUGAGUAAUUAACAAGGGUUUUAAUCGAAUUCCCGUUGUGAUUCAUGUUUAAACAUAAGUGUAACCCAUUUGAACAAUCAUUACUAUUUAUUAUUCUUAUCUGAAUGACCGACAUGUUCACUCAUUCGUAAUCUUUACAUUUCAUUCUCGUUACACUUUACAACCUGUGGUUUUUAGUUUACUUAGUCAGCAAACGGUGACAGAUAUCAACAUAAUAUUAAGGAUUUUCUAUACAGUGAAAAAAUUACAGUGUUAUAAUGCGUGCGGUCGUAAGGCGGUUAGCGGCACGACCCCGACUACAGGUUGCCGACGGCUUUACAAAUAAACGACUGUUGCCCCCAGCGCUCCUGGGGGGUCUCCCGGUCCUGUCGGAAUGGAGCUCACAGGCAUCCAUCGGCCGUCGGCACUUCAGCCAGUCGUCGGAUAUUGUGUUCAAAAGUCCAUACCAGGAUCUGGAGUUACCGGUGCAAACUAUAAGCGAUUACCUCUUCUCUAGAUUCGGACUGUUUGGGGAUAAACUUGCUUUAGUAGACAAUGCGACCGGAAGUAGCUACUUGUACUCUCAGUUGGAGGAGCUGUCCCGGCGUGUUGGCAGCUUCCUGUCGCGUCGCGGCUACCGGAAGGGCGAUGUCGUCUGCUAUUACGGAACCAACAACCCGGAGUUCGCACUCCUUUUGCUCGGCUGCUCAACCAUCGGCGUUACCUUGACAACAGCCAACCCCGCUUACACGCCAAAGGAGCUCCAGCAGCAGAUGGGAAUAGCAGGUGCCCGGGGUCUCAUAUUUACCGUCCCGGCCCUCGUGCCCAAGUGUAAGGAGGCGGGCUUUAAUGAUCUCGUUGUGAUCGGGUCGGCGGACGGAUGCCUACCGUUCACGGAAGUGCUUGCUGACGACGGGCGCGCGUUUCCGACGGACGUGCACAUCAACCCGAUGGAGGACGUGGCGGUACUUCCGUUUUCCAGUGGAACUACAGGGUUGCCCAAGGGCGUCAUGUUGACUCAUCACAAUGUCGUCUCCAACCUGCUACAGUUCAAGAUGUCACUUACGUCAUAUCCGGAAGACAACAAUCUUGGGGUACUUCCGUUCUAUCAUAUCUACGGGAUGGCCCCUAUUCUUCUUGGGUCCCUACAGGACGGAAGCACCCUCUACACACUUCCGGCAUUCGAUCCCGAGGCUUACCUCACAGCCAUCGUCAAACAUAAGAUCACGCAAAUCCACAUCGUUCCUCCCAUUAUCCUGUUCAUGGCGCGACAUCCCAUCUGUGACAAGUUUGAUUUCUCGCGCUUGCGAACUGUCCUCUGUGCGGCCGCUCCGCUCGGCGAGGCAUUGACGCUGGAGUUUGAGGAAAAGCGGAAGGGCUUAAAAAUGAAACAAGGUUUCGGGCUGACGGAGACGUCACCGGUGGUGGCGGUGGACGUGGAACCUAUAACCUUGGGAUCUGUAGGCCCGCUUAUAGCAAACGUCCGAGCCAAGAUAAUUGACCCUGAGACGAGCACCUCAUUGGGCAGGAACGAGGUCGGUGAGCUCUGUGUGAAGGGCCCCCAGAACAUGAAGGGUUACCAUGGCAACGAAAAAGCCACACGAGAGAUGAUCGACAAGGACGGAUGGCUGCACACAGGUGACAUGGGUUAUUUCACGGACAACGAUCGACUGGUGAUCUCUGACAGACUGAAGGAACUCAUCAAAUACAAGGGCAUGCAGGUGGCACCAGCCGAGUUGGAGGACGUGAUCCACAAACAUCCAGCCGUACAGGAUGUGGCGGUAAUCGGCGUCCCCGACGAGCGCGCCGGAGAGCUGCCUCAGGCGUUUGUCGUCUGCAAACCUAACGUGAAUGCCACUGAGGACGAUAUCAAACAGUUUGUCGCCGACCAAGUAUCAGAGUACAAACAACUCCGGGGCGGUGUUGUGUUCCUCAAGGAAAUCCCCAAGUCCCCGAGCGGCAAAAUCCUCCGGCGUUUCCUGAAAGACCUUGACUAGCCAAGCAAUGUAUAUUUGAGGACCAAGGAACACGUCGAAUGGAGCAAUAAAUGAACAAAAUGGUUGUGAUUUAGAGUAGAAGACAUAGAUGGGAACAUUUCGUCCCACUGUGAAAACGUCGCAUUGCUCAAAAUACAUCUGAAUCUUUGUUGUGUAUUAUCAUUUAUGAUUUAAUAAUUUAAAAACGGUGCAAACGUUCUGUAGAACAAAAUAUUUGAUCAAUACUGUGUUACAGUUGCGUGUAACUUUAAUCCAAUACUUGUUGCAAACUCGGGAAACUAACCGUUGCAUCUGGUAAUGUCUGCACAAUUAAAGGUGCACUCUUACUCCAAAAUAAGAUUAAUACAAUUGUUUUAAUAUACUGAAAUGGAUGAAUAAAUAUAGAAAAUA